AUGAUAGUAAGGGUAUCGGGAGCAAAAGCCAUGAAGCGCUUUUCCUUUAAGGUACAGCUGCUUUACAAUUCUCAACAUGUGGCAGCGCCUUUCAUCCGUCUGUACUCUGAUCGCAAAUACAGGUCAAUCGAUGACUUCAACAAAGAGAAGAAAGGGUUCAAAUUUGGGUAUGGCGUGGAUGAUCUAGAAGAAACUGGUCCAUCUACCGAAAAGGAGAGAGCGACUCCACAAUUUGAUAUGAAUGGCCCAGAAAUAGACCUCCUGUCUCAUCCCAGACUCCAAGGUUUAAGGCACAAUUCGCCUGAAUUUAAGUAUCAGCUUCAUCUAAUCCAACAGGAGCAACAGGCAAAUCAGGAAAAGGAACGAGGAAAGUGGGAAAGGAAGGAAAGAUUGAAAGGACUUGGUGCUGGAGCCUUGGCUCUUGUAUCUAUCAUAUCUGUUUAUCUGUUGGCAACAAAUUAUAAGUACAUAAAAACUUUGAUUUACAACAAAUGGACUUUUGACAUUGAUGAUUCCAAGAUUCAAGACAACAACAACUCCAAGGGUAACCUGAAGUCGAUUGAUUACUUAGUUGAUAAGUUGACAACGGAGUUGAGUCCUCAGUUCAUUAGUUCCUUGAAAGAUUCCGUUCGCAACAAAGGUCUUUACCUUUUCGGCUCAAUCAAUAAACACAAGUUGCCUUCCAGAGUGGCAGCGUUUGAUGGAAAGCUUAUAAAGGAUGUUUUGGUCGAAAAAGAUUAUGUUAUCGUAAUUGACGAUGACGGAAAAGUUUACCACUACUCUCCUAAAUUCGAACAGCCAGUGCAAGUACUGAUGCCUGGUAAAGUAUCCAAGGUAUUAUCGUCCAACAACCAAUUCUAUUACUUGAGCCAGGAUGGAAAGCAAAUAUUUCAUGGUGAUAGAAUUGACCCCCAAACUGCACCUUCCUCUUCUUGGUUCAGCUCUGGCUCUAAGUAUGACACCAAAAAACUUGCAAUCUCCGGGUUCAAUAAAGGUGAAUCUGUGAGAGACAUCUCUGCGGGUAAAAAUCAUCUUCUCAUACUUUCUUCCGAAGGGAGAGUAUUUGAAGCGAGUACGUCGAAGGUACCACUAAACAGAGGUCAAUUUGGUGUUCCAAAGUAUUCUCCGUUUUCCGGAGAGAAUGAAAUCCCUUACAAUUCUGCUUUUGAAUUACUCAAUUUGAAUAAUGAGGUUGUUGCUAGUAAAGAUGGAAAAUAUGUCAAACCUAGGAAGUUCUUCUCCAUAGCCAGUGGCGAGUACUUCAACAUUGCAAGCGACAUGUCUGGAAAUAUUUGGACAUGGGGGGAUAACACUUUUGGCCAAUGUGGCAAAGAAGUGAGUGCCAAUAAUGAAAUUCAACAACUUCCUGUUUUGGCGUACACAUUGCAAGAUUUGAGCAAGCUAGUGAAACACAGUUUAGAGGAUAAAGCUGUAAAUGGUGAAUUUGUAACUCCCCGCGUCUAUGCUGGCUCAACUACAUCAUAUAUCAGACUCUUGUACGAAAGCGAUGAUAGUACUAAAAGUCAGGAAAUGAUACUCAGCUUCGGAAGUGGUAUCAAAGGUCAAUUGGGCUUGUCAAGGUAUAUGCAAGUGAACUCAUCUCCUAAACUCAUUAAAAGUUUAGUUGGCUUGACUGAAUUCGAUGAAAACGCCCAGAAGAUCAUAAAUGUGGGAAUUAAGGAUAUUAGUGUCGGAAAUGAUCAUGUGUUCGUAACUUUGAGCAAUGCCAGCGCCAAGGACGUUAUUGUGUUCGGAGACAAUGAACACGGACAAUUUGGAAACGGAAAAACUGUGAAAAGCUCGAAACCGAUUGAUUUGCCGAAACUAGUGGAACCUGCUGACCUAGAAGGGCCGGAAGUGAAGGCAAGGAGAAGAUUGGCUAGAAAACUAAAUGACCAAUCUACAAACAGGUUACAACUUUCAAAAAACCGCAUUGAUGGCAAAGAUACUGAGCAAGUAAUUGUUGCAGGUGAAGGGGGAUCAGCCAUUUUCUACAGAAAAGGAUAA